AUGAAAUCAGAACCGGCGAAGCAUUUUGCUUCGUUGGCACACACGGCGAUAUCAAUGGGAUCCAAUCAUAAAUCGUUACCCCUCGCGCACCUCGAGCGAGCAACAUUUUCUCUCCCCCCCGCUGUGCCUAAUCAUCCAUAUAUUUCCAACCCCCAUCCUUCACCGCUUCGAAAAAUCAUUUUUCAAUCUGUGCAUGUAGUAUACCGACCACCAGUUCGACUGACUUUGCUCUGCAGAAGAAACACUCACGAGACCAAAGGUAAUUUGAACAGACCCAUCUCCCAGCCCUUCUCGGGUCUUCGUAAGUACCAAAUCGGUACAGUGCUCUCUCGUUCCUUCGUCCUCGUGCUUGGCGUCGAAAUGAUGCCAUUCGCAUUGUUUCCCUCGGGGAGAAUGUCAUUUGUUCGCGAUGCGGUUUGA